UUUCUCCGAUAUGUGCUGGAUAGCCAAUGCUAUAGUUGUUCACGUUCUGUUGCUCGGUUAUUUACUGCAAAUACACUUUCACUCCAAUCUCAUUGAAAAUUUGAAGCCGCAGAGGACACUGCGCGAACUGGAUUUAGAACCGCCAGCAGAUCGACUUGUGAUCUUUUUCAUUGAUGGCCUUGGAGCCAAUACAUUUUUUAAUAAUAAUUGCGCUGCAGUCCCUCAAAUUCGGGAGUUGUUUCUCCAACAAGGACUUGUGGGAAUAAUACGUACAAAUGUUCCAACUAAUUCCCGUCCUGCGAAUGUUGCCACAUUCGGAGGCUUUCCGGAGGACCCAUCUGCUAUUUUUACUAAUUUCGAUGCAAAUCCAACAUCAUUCGAUACGGUCUUCAAUCGUAGCCGUUCCACCUAUGGAUGGGGUUCAAUUGGAGUUCUCGAGUUCUUUGACAAUAUGCCCAAUGGUGGAGUUAAUUUAAAGUUCGAAAAUUAUACCGAUAGACAGAUAACAUUAAAUUGUGCUGCAGACGAAUGGGUAAGCGGAAGAGUCAAAGAUUUUCUGGCUCAGGACAAGAAUGUAAACGAAGUGCUUAAUACGACAACAUCGGUAUUUUAUAUAUAUCUCGCUGACAUGGAUAUGGCUGGACAUAUCUAUAAUCCAAAAAAUGAUUUAUAUCUGAAACAACUUCAUUCUACACAGCAGAGAAUAAGAGAUAUGUACGAUCUAUUUCAAGAAAAGUUUAAGGAUAAUCGCACAGUGUACCUGAUGACAUCGGAUCAUGGUAUGACUAACUUUGGUUCACAUGGCGGUGGAUCCUUCCAUGAAACUGUAGUUCCUUUCUUUUUCUGGGGUGCCGGAGUCAAUAGGAAGGCUUCAAAUGAUGGAAUGACCUUUACAGACCUCCAAUUGCCAUUUUACCAGCUGGAUCAGAUUCAAUUGGCCUCACUUAUGUCGGCAUUGAUUGGUCUUCCACCGCCAAUGAACAAUCUGGGAAUCUUGCCGCUGGGCUUCUUGAAAGCAACACCAAAAUACGAGGCUCAGGCGGCCCAUCUGAAUGCUCUUCAACUACUAGAGCAAGUGACUUCCGUCUUAAAACGGCAUGGGAAAUGGUUAUCACAGUUUCAGAAAUUAAACCUUAAGGAUAUUGGUCACUAUAACGCCCAGAUAGAACGACUAUUCCAAUUGGGUUGCUAUCAAUUGGCCAUGAAUAACAGCCACGAAGCAGCAGAAUUGGCCGUUGAAUGCCUUGAGUUUUAUAAAAAUUACUAUCGUAGUGGUUUAAUAGCGGCCAUGAUUGCUUCAUAUCUUGGUUGGCUCUAUUAUCUAUUGCUUAAAUUAAGUAACAAAGAAAAGAAACCAACAGGAGGACUUAACUCUUCGAUUACUCGAUGGCUGAUGCUGUUGGGGCUGCUUUUGGUCUCGUUGAUGUUAUUGCAAAAGAUACCAGGCUGGACCGCAUUUUAUCUAUCGCUUCCCAUACCGAUGUGGAUUUUGGCACUACGUGAGCGUCCAAUUGAGGGCAGAGUAAUUGUAGCACCCAUUACCCAUACGAUUUGGAUAGGUUCAAUUAGCUCUUUGCUGGUUGCAGCAUUUUUUGAUCGUCGCUUACUUUGGAUGGGAUUUGUUCUGUUCAGGUGUGCAUGCAAUCGUCAAGGAUUUGCGCAGCCCUCUGUUAAAUUUGUUACAUGGUUUUUUCUUGUGGUUCUGCUUGGAUUAUUUACCAUGGUUCCACCUUCCCUUGGGAGAAGGGACACGAAACUAUUAAGUUUCAGCAUGCUGUUUGCUCUGCUGAGACCCUUAGUCUUAAGGGAACACCAUAAAAUGCGUAUUUGGAUCAUAAAUGGGUGCACAUUGGUAAUGGGUGCAUAUCUCACUUAUCGGAAAAAUGAUAAUGUUGUCGUAUUGAUGGUCUUCCGGCAACUUGCCAUUGCUAACUUGGCUUACGGAUUCAUUUGCAUCCCUUUUUCAUCGUCAACAACGGCGCAAUGUCGUUUAAAUUUAAUAUGGUUCAAUUUGAGCACCAUUUAUACGCUGCUGAGCACUUCCUUUGAAUCGUUUUUCAUGCAAUUGUUACUUAUGGAAUGUCUAAUGAGCAGGAAGCUUAACGGCGAGAUUAAUCUAUACAAGGGUUGCCCAUUGAAGAAUUCGUAUCGAUAUGCAUCUUUUAUUCUACUUUAUGCUUACCUCUCCUUCUUUGGCAUUGGCAACCUUUCGUCUAUUAGCUCGUUUGAUCCAAACACAGGUCGUCUAUUUAUGGCUGGCGAUACGAUCAUUUUCACUGGAUUCCUGGUCUUACUUAAAUUAUCAAUACCCUCGAUUGUUAUUAUCGCCAGCAUGUAUUUGACAUGUUCCUUUGUCCGGCAUAAUGUGCGAGAAAUUUUCAUUAGCCUGUUUCUCAUGGCUGACACAAUGAGUUUGUAUUUCCUACUUCAAAUGCGCAGCGAAGGAUCUUGGCGUGAGGUACGCUACUCGGUAGCCCAUUUCAUGAUUGCCCAUUGCAGCAUAUUUGUGAUAAUGAUAAUUUCUGGGAUAUCGAAGUUAUUGCUCAGCUCAAGGGAAUUGAUAAUUUCCGAUACCGAAACUGAAUACAAUUUAAAUUCAUUGGUUGUAAAAUAAACUAUUAUUUGUACUUCAAUUAUUGAAACCGUAAGCUCGUAAGCAAAAGUCGAAACUUGCGAUGUGUAAUCCCUAAUGGGACAUGGGAUUUAUAUAUUAAAGUAGCCUAAUUUAAUUCAAAAAAGGAAAGUUAUUUUAGUUUACAAAUUGCGGAUGA